AAAAGAAGGAUUUGCCGAAUCAUCAGCUGCAGAUGAUCAUGAUGGAGAGUCCGGAUUAUUCGCCCCCACACAUGGACCCAUCACGGCCGUCCCUUGGUUUCCCUCUCGGCACUGCGCUUCUCUUGAUCGUUAUCUUCAGCUUGAGCGGAAUCAUCUCCUGUUGUUAUCACUGGGACAAGCUCAGGUCCCUCCGCGGAUCAUUCCUCGACGUAGACGGCAUGGUCGAUCCCGAAUCUGGCAUCGAACCAGCUUCGAAUUCAAACAGGGAUUUGAAGCAGAACAAGAGCCAGAGCUUACCUGUGCUAAUGCCGGGAGAUCAGGUUCCGAAGUUUAUUGCAUUGCCUUGUCCACGUGAGCCGCCGGCGCCGGAGAAGGUUCUCUUUAAGGUCGAGAAGCCACUAAAGCCGCCACUAUUGGCGGUGCCUUUAUACAUAUAAAGGCCAAUUCUAUUAAAUGCUCUGUUUUGCCCCUUUUUUUGGGGGUUUUCAAUUUAAAGGGAGGAAAAAAAAGAUUUUAUUAUCUCGCACCUAA